AUGGAUGUAUAUCAAGAAUUCUUGGAUCCGUCGAGGAUAUCAAGUUGCAUUGGGUGUAAUUUCAUAUCUCCAAAUCAUAAGAAUUUAAUUGUUGCAAAAGGUUCAAUACUCCAGAUAUUUGAAACAAUAUUACUAAAACAAUCAACUUCCAACAAACCUCAAUAUAGGUUGAAACUUAUAGAACAGUUCAAAUUACAAGGAACAAUAACUGAUAUUAAAGCAAUCAGAACUUCAGAGUCACCGAGUUUGGAUUAUCUUAUUAUAUCUACCAAAUUUGCAAAAUUUUCAAUUAUUAAAUGGGAUCAUCAAAUACUGUCAAUAUCAACUGUAUCACUACAUUAUUAUGAAGAUUGUAUACAAAAUUCAACAUAUGAAGAAUUGGGUGUAUCAGAAUUAAUAUUGGAGCCUACAUAUAAUCUGGUUUCUUGUCUUCGAUAUAAGAAUUUAUUAUGUUUUUUACCAUUUGAUGGAGUGGAUAACGAAAGUUAUGAUGAUGAUGAUGAUGAUAAGGAUGAGGAUGAUAUAGAUGAGGACGAGGGAGAGGAAAGUAAUGGGCAAUCAAAACUGGGACCGCUACUGUCACAACAAUUUUAUGAUGCUAGUUUUAUUCUUGAUGCUCUGAAUUUAGAUUCGUCGAUUGAUACAGUUGUAGACAUGCAAUUUUUACACAAUUAUCGAGAUCCAACCAUAGCUAUACUAUCUCAAAAAGCACACACAUGGGCAGGGAACUUAAUCAAAUUGAAAGAUAACAUUCAGUUAAUAUUAAUGACAUUAGAUAUACAGUUGAAAUCAACGUUGCCUGUUUUCAAAAUUGAUAAUUUACCAUAUGAUAUUGAUAAAAUAAUUCCUUUACCUCUGCCAUUAAAUGGAUGUUUGUUGAUAGGAUGCAAUGAGGUGAUACAUGUUGAUAAUGGUGGUUUAGUCAAACGUAUUGCUGUGAAUCUGUUUACUUCAUUGAUCACAUCAUCUGUGAAAAGUUUUCAAGAUCAGUCUGAUUUAAACUUAAAAUUAGAGGACUGUACUGUCGUUCCAAUACCAGAAGAUCACAGAGUGUUACUUGUGACAAAUCAUGGGGAAUUUUAUUUUAUAAAUUUCGAAUUAGAUGGUAGGUCCAUAAAAAAAAUAUUUUUCGAGAUUGUUGAUAAAAAAAUGUACAAUGAAAUUUACUUGACAUAUCCCGGAGAAGCUGCAGUAUUGGAUAAAAAUUUAAUAUUUUUUGCAAAUAUGAACGGGGACAAUCCUUUAGUACAAAUAAAAUAUAGAAACUCACUGAAAAUGAUUGAAAAAGAAGAAGAAGUCGAAGAUGAGAUGGUAGAUGCUAAAAAGGAGUCCGAUGAGGAUGAUGAUGAUGAUGAUAUAUAUAAAGAGGAAGAAGCCGAAGAGGAACAAAAAGUCUUUAGUAAGUCCCACAUUGAAUUCAUUUUACAAGAUAAAUUAGUAAAUAACGGUCCGAUUUCAUCAUUCACAUUGGGAUUAUGCUCUCGAGAUAAAUUCAAAUGUAAUUUACCAAACCCGAGCUACAAUGAAGUGCUGAUAGUUAGUAAUGCAGGAUCGCAUAAACAAGGUAAAUUAAAUAUUAUAACUCCGACAAUUCAACCAGAUAUUUCAUCUUCAUUAUCUUUUUCACAAGUCAAUCGUAUGUGGAAUUUAAAUCAAACGUAUUUGAUAACAUCUGAUGAUCUUAAUGCAAAAUCAGAAAUUUUUCAAAUUGAAAAACAAUAUACUAGGAUGAAAUCAAAAGAUUUUAUAAAUAACGAGUUGACAAUCAACGUACAUGAAUUAAACAAUGGAAAAUUUAUAUUACAGAUCACUCCAAAACAAAUUUUAUUAUUUGAUUCAAAAUUCAAGGUGAGAUUAAAUUUGAAUGAAGAAAUUAAAGAUGAUGAGAUUUUGAGCAGUACAUUACGUGAUGAAUUAUUGAUGAUAUUUUUAGCAAGUGGAGAUGUAAAGAUUUUUUCAAUCAAUACUUAUAAAGAAUCAUAUUCUAAAGUUGAAAUUCCAAAGUUAUUGGAAGAUACAAUUAUUACUACCGGUUAUAUAACAAAAUCCCAUUUAUUAAAUGCAGUACUGAAGAAUGCAGAGCUACUAACUAACCCCAAAAAAAGAAGACAUAGCUCAAUCACAACAACCAAUUCCGAUCCGAUUAAUAUAGAACCACCUAAAUCUCAAAAACACAAUAUAUUUGUUUUGGUUACUGGUGAUAAUAGGAUUGUUGCUUUCAAUAGACAUCACAACGAAAAAUGCUAUCAACUUAAUGAUAUUUCCAAAUUUAGCGAUAUUUUGGAAUUAAGUUUUUUUGACAUCAAUCAAGCUCCACCUGAUCCUUUCAUCAAACAAGUGAUUUUAAAUGAUCUUGGGGAUAAAGAUCACGAGGAGGAAUAUCUAACAGUACUUACAAUUGGUGGUGAGAUUUAUUUGUAUAAGCUAUUUUUUGAUGGGGAAAAUUAUGCAUUCAAAAAAGAAAAAGAUUUGAAAAUUACUGGGGCUCCAGAAAAUGCUUUCAACGUUGGAACCAUGAUAGAAAGAAGGUUAGUUUAUUUUCCCAAUUUGAAUGGAUUCACAAGCAUAUUUGUGACAGGUGUUAUACCAUUUCUCAUAAUAAAAAGUUUACAUUCAAUUCCAAGAAUUUAUCAAUUUUCUAAAAUUCCAGCAGUUUCAAUUUCAGCUUUUUCUGAUUCAAAAAUCCAAAAUGGACUAAUUUUCUUAGAUAAUAAUCAAAAUGCAAGAAUUUGUCAACUAUCUUUAGAUUAUAAUUAUGAAUUUAAUUUACCAAUUAAACAAAUCCAUAUUGGAGAACUGAUAAAAUCAGUUACUUAUCAUGAACAAGCAGAUGUAUUUGUCAUUUCAACGUUUAAGGAAAUUCCCUAUGAUUGUGUUGAUGAAGAGAAUCAAACUAUAGUUGGUGUUCUUAGGGACAAACCUCCGGCUACAUCUUUCAAAGGGUAUAUUAAGCUCAUAUCACCAUAUAAUUGGACUGUUAUCGACGUUAUUGAAUUACAAGAUAAUGAAGUUGGUAUGACAGUACAAUCAAUGGUAUUAGAUGUAGGAUCUUCACUCAAAAAAUUUAAAAACAAAAAAGAAUUUAUUGUGAUUGGUACAGGUAAAUUAAGAAUGGAAGAUUUAGCUGCAAAUGGGUCUUUCAAGAUAUACGAAAUCAUUGAUAUUAUACCAGAACCUGGUAAACCAGAAACUAAUCAUAAAUUCAAAGAAGUUUUUCAAGAAGAUACUAGAGGUACAGUGACAAAUAUAUGUGACUUGAGUGGUCGAUUUUUAGUAGCACAAGGUCAAAAAGUUAUUGUUCGUGAUUUACAAGAUGAUGGUGUUGUACCAGUAGCGUUUUUAGAUACUCCAGUGUACGUGUCGGAAGCUAAAAGCUUUGGAAAUCUUUUAAUUUUAGGAGAUCCUUUAAAGAGUAUAUGGUUUAUUGGGUUUGAAGCGGAGCCAUUUAGGAUGGUGAUGUUGGGUAAAGACACUCAACAUUUAAAUGUUGAAUGCUCUGACUUUAUAGUCAAAGAUGAAGAGAUUUAUGUGUUGGUUGCAGAUAAUCGAAAUGUUUUACACUUGAUUCAAUAUGAUCCAGAUGAUCCUUCAUCAAUUAAUGGUACAAUUUUAUUGAAUAAAGCAUCGUUUCAUAUAUCUUCAACUCCAACAUGUAUGAGGUCGAUUCCAAAGGGAGAUGUUGGAAACUAUCAAGUUUUAGGUUCGACAUUGGAUGGAUCAUUCUUUAAUGUAUUUCCAGUUAACGAAGCUACCUACAGACGAAUGUAUAUUUUGCAACAACAAUUACUGGAGAAAGAAUAUCAUUACUGUGGGUUAAAUCCUAGAAUGAAUAGAUUGGGCUCUUCUCUUAUCAAUGAAAAUGAGAUGAAUAGUCGACCCAUGCUUGAUUAUACUUUAAUUAAGAAAUUCACAAAAUUAAAUCUUAACAGGCAAGAAAAUUUAGCUACUAAAAUCAACAUUAAAGGUUCAACUCAAGAAAUUUGGAAAGAUAUUAUAGAAUUGGAGUAUUCUUUAGAAGAUUUAUAG